UUGCAAAUGUGUUUCAGCUUAUGCAGUUUGUGAAUUCAUCAUGACCGUAUUCUCUGCUUGUUUUGAUACUCUAUUAAUUGCUUUCCCAGGGUAAUCUCCAAUUGAAAGAUUUUGAUAUAAAAAAGGAGGCAGGUGGAGUGACUAAUAGUAUAGUUUUGAAGACUUUCAAGGUUAAUGUAUCCAAGAAUUUCAUUGAAAUCCAUCUCUUUAGGGCUGGAAAAGGGAGUCAUUUGGUUGGGCCAUCCAUUUCGGCCAUCAACGUCACUCCAGAUUUCCCACCAACUUUUAGUAACCGUGCGCCAACUUCUUGGGGAAAGAAGAACAAGACUGGCUUGAUUGUUGGGAUUAUAGUUGGUGCUGUUGCUCUAAGUUUUAUAUCCAUUUCUACAAUAUUUAUUUGGAAACAAAGGAGCAGGGGCAUCCAUGAAAAUGAAGAGCUUCUAGAGAUGGGUGCCAACCCAAACACUUUUAGUUAUUCGGAACUGAGGACUGCCACGGGAAAUUUCAGUCUGGAAAAUAAGUUGGGAGCAGGAGGAUUUGGGGCUGUUUAUAAGGGUACGCUUUCAGAUGGAAGGACAGUAGCUGCGAAAAAACUCUCAGUGGCAUCUCAACAUGGAAAGAGUCAGUUUGUAACAGAGAUUGUUACCAUAUCAGCAGUGCAGCACCGGAACCUUGUGAAGUUGUAUGGAUGCUGCCUCGAGGGAGAUGAGCGGAUUUUGGUUUACGAGUAUCUCGAAAACAAGAGCCUUGAUCAUGCACUCUACGGAGACCGUAAGUUGCAUCUAAAUUGGCCCACCCGCUACGGUAUUUGCUUGAGUACGGCACGAGGCCUCUCUUAUCUCCACGAGGAGUCGAGGCUCCGAAUCGUACAUAGAGAUGUCAAGGCCAGUAAUAUUUUGCUUGAUGCUGAUCUCAAUCCCAAGAUUUCAGAUUUUGGUUUGGCCAAACUAUAUGAUGAUAAGAAGACACACAUCAGCACACGGGUUGCAGGGACAAUUGGGUAUCUUGCACCGGAGUAUGCCAUGCGUGGGCAUCUGACAGAAAAGGCUGACGUGUUCGGAUUUGGGGUCGUUGCACUUGAGAUUCUCAGCGGAAGGCCAAAUACAGAUACAAGCUUGGAUCAAGAUAAGAUAUAUCUCCUCGAAUGGGCUUGGACUCUACACGAAGCUAACCGUCCAUUGGAACUGAUCGAUCCGACGUUGUCCGAAUUUGACAAAGGAGAAGCACUAAGAAUGAUUGGAGUAGCUCUUUUGUGCACUCAAACUUCUCCGGUGCUACGCCCACCCAUGUCCCGUGUGGUGGCCAUGCUCUCAGGCGACGUUGAAGUAAGCAAUGUCACAUCACGGCCCAGCUACUUGACUUUGUGGCAAUUCGAUGAAUUAACCAACUCCCUGAGCGACUAUAUGUCAAGAGGAUCUAUGGAAAUAACAAUGGAAGGCCCAUGUGACACGUCGAACAAUUCGAGUUGGUCUACUCCUGCGAAACACUUGCCUCUGCCCACUCAGCCAUUUUUGCAAGAGAUCACUGGAGAAAGACAGGGCUGAUGGACUUUUCUAAGCUGUGCAUGCAUUUCUUCAAGUUAUCCUCUCACUGCUAUGAAUCUUUGUUUAUAUCUUUUAUUUGGAUGUUGAAUGAAUCUUAUCAGGCAGUAUGUAUAUGUGUCAUAGUUCGAAACGCUGAAAACUCGACUCGACCCGAUGUCCUGCUGGGUCGGGAUGACUCUAAGACUCAGUUGAAUCUUAAAUUAAGAUAGUAUUAAAUGUUUUUCAUUAUUAAACAAUACAAGUAUCCAAAGAAAAUUGCAAGUGCA